ACUUUGCAGAUGGAAAAAAUAAAGGCACGACUGAAAGCAGAAUUUGAAGCCCUGGAGUCUGAGGAGAGGCACCUGAAAGAAUACAAACAGGAAAUGGACCUGCUGCUGCAGGAGAAGAUGGCCCACGUGGAGGAACUGCGACUGAUCCACGCCGAUAUCAAUGUGAUGGAGAACACUAUCAAGCAGUCUGAGAACGACCUUAAUAAGCUCUUGGAAUCUACGCGCCGCCUGCACGAGGAGUACAAGCCCCUGAAGGAGCACGUAGAUGCCUUGCGAAUGACUCUGGGGCUGCAGAGGCUGCCAGAUCUGUGUGAGGAGGAAGAGAAGCUGUCCCUCGACUACUUUGAAAAGCAGAAAGCAGAAUGGCAGACAGAACCGCAGGAGCCUCCCAUCCCAGAGUCUCUGGCUGCAGCUGCAGCAGCUGCUCAGCAGCUGCAAGUGGCUAGGAAACAGGACACCAGGCAGACAGCAACUUUCAGACAGCAGCCACCUCCAAUGAAGGCAUGUUUAUCGUGUCACCAGCAAAUCCACCGGAACGCGCCCAUUUGUCCACUCUGCAAAGCCAAGAGCCGAUCUCGGAACCCCAAAAAACCCAAGAGGAAACAGGAUGAAUGAAAUCCAGAAGACUGACAAGCAAACACAUGACCUGUUCCAGUACUCGUCCAGCAGAACUGCAAACGUGGCCAGACUUUACUGAUGUGCAGGCUCAGUUAUGACUGUCUCAUUGUCUUCUAUUUAAUGCAAUGUAAGCACAAUGUUCCUGUUCUGUCACAAGUCCCUUCCAGUCCUUAGGAUUUUUAGAAAAGUAAGUAUUACUGGUGCUACAGUUCAGCGUUUCAAUUGUUCCAUCUUUUGGACUCCUAAACAAAGUAGAAUUCUUUGUGCAAGUAUCCUAAAUGUCAGGCUGUUUCUAUUGUCCACAUGUGAUUUCCACAAAUGCUUUUUGUAAAAAACAGAUGUCACUCAAAGAUUAUUCUGUUUUCUCCUGAUGACAGGAGACUGUUUGAAGUGCUGAAAUAGCAGACUGUCUGUCUGUUUCA